AUGUCAAUGACAACCGCAUCACUUUUGGCAUUACCAUCGGAACUAUUGUAUCAAAUCCUCAAGUAUCUUGAUACAUACACAAUUAUCUUCAAAUUUUGUCAUGUAUGCAAACGAUUUUAUGAAAUUACCGAUGAUUAUAAUCAAUGUGAAUUAAAUUUUAAUUCGACAUCAUACUCACAUAUGAAAAGAAUACUUCGUCUUAUAAAACCAGAAAACAUCACUUCACUCAUAUGUGGUGGCGAUUCAUAUAAAUCAUCUGACAUUGAAUUACUUUCUUCCAUUGUCAACAUUAGUCCAUUAACUUUUCUUCGAUCAAUUACAUUAGAUUACGUCACAGCCUCUAAGGAUUACGAACUUUUGAAUCGACUUACUCUAUCGAAUUUAAGCUCACUUAGCAUUCAUACAUGA